UUUAGAUAUUCUCAAUUACAACGGGAAAAUGUUUCGAAUGAGGGAACCGUUUGAAAGCGAGAAGCUCCAGCUGCAGGAGCUCAACCAAAGACUCAGCCACUACCUAAUGCGCUCGAAACAGUUAGAACAAGAAAACACCUGUCUGAUAAACGAAAUAAGCUCAAUCAGGCAGAACAGGUCUGGAGAAUGGGAAAGCAAGCACAUGUCCGAGCUGCGUGAAAUGAGGAGACUGGUGGAGCGUUUAUCUUACGAGAAAUGCAGAGCGGAGAUGGAGCGACAGAAGCUGCGUAACGAACUUCAGACGCUGCAGUCGAUGCGUUCAGAUGAAGCCUCGGUCAGCAAAACCAUCGGGACUGAGCUUAAAGGCUGCGAGAGGCAACUUCAGAACGCUAUUCAGGGCAACAGUGCUUUGGAGAGUCGUCUCUUUGAGCUGGAAACGGAAUACAAGUUUUUGGAAGAUGCCCACAGAAAGGAAGUGGCCCACCUGAGGGACCAGGUGCGCUCCAGAACUGUGCGCGUCGUGACUCAAACGCGUCCCGCACCUCCAGCGGUUACUAUGAGGAGGUGCAGGAGUACGCGAAACCACUUCACCGAAAACUGGCAGGGAACUUUGGAGAUGUACCGCCUGCAGGUGGAGGAAAUCGAAGAGUCGAUAAAAGCAGAUCACGCGAGGUUGGAGGAGAUUCAGAGGGAAAAGAGGGAACACGCUUCGCAGUUCAAGAGGCUGCGUGACGAGAUUGAGAAACAAACACAAGUGCAGAUGAACCUCGAGGAGCAGCUCGUAAACAUGCAAGAUCAGUUCAGAGCUGAAAUCACUCAGUAUCAGGCUAUCAUUGAGGAACUAGAGUAUGAGCGCAGAAUGCUGUCCAGCAACAUCUCAGAUAAGCUGAAGGACCAUCAGGAUCUCUUACAAGUCAAGAUGGGUCUCGCUCUGGAAGUGGCAGCAUACAGGGCGCUCUUGGAAGAAGAAGGAAGACAUGCUAAAAUGUGGUCUAAUCAGCAUUCAAGAGAAAGAAUUAUAGAUAUAAAAACGCCAGCCCAUGUUUACACUCCAAGAGUCUCUGUUAAUUCUGCAAGUCGGCCAGAUACAAGAAAAAAAGCUUUCACAGGAUAUGAUGUUAAAUAUAUGGAGCCUGUUUCCAGCAUGAGAACCUCAUCUACAUCAAGUCAGUUUCAUUCUUACGAACCCUCCAGGAUCGUGCCCAUCAGUGUAUCGAAUCGUGCCCAGCAGAGUCCUGAUUCUAGAAGGGACAUGAUUUCAUUCACCAAAGCAGCUCAGGCAGCUGCUUCCAGUACCUCAAAACCUGGAGUCUCUUCUGCAGAGAUAAAAAGAGAGGAGAUAGAUCAGAGAUUUUUGAGAAAAGAGGUCUCUCAGCACCCUUCAAAGAGCUCAGCUGAUCUUCCCCCCACUAGAAUCGAAAGUACACCAAGCUCGACCAUCAAAAUAGAAAAACCAAAGCCAGUGAAUGUAAUAUCACCUACUGUGAGCUUGAGCAAGACCACCACUGAAGAAAGCCGAGAGAAAGAUGUUAAACUGAAAGAAAAGAAAAUGGAUUUCAAACUAGAUCAAGACAAAUCUGAGGUAUCAAUAAAAGAUAAAAGAGGGGAUAUAAAAGAAUCAAUAGCCAAAGAUGUGGGAGAGUCUGAACAUGUUGAGCAUAAGGUGUUUGUAGGUGAGGAGAAAAUAUUAGAUGCCGUUUCUAUGGAGGAAAUAAUUCAGAAGGUCAUGAAACCAGCUGGUUUAGAUUCUAAGGUCAGCUCAUCCCCUGACUCAAAAGUCACAUAUCAUGUGGAGAAAACAGAACAAGAGGAUGGAACCACCAAGACUCAGAUUGUCUUACAAUCGAAAGUUGAGGAGGAGCUGGACCUGUCUGAAGAUUUUGCCCUGGAGGAGCUUCUCAGCAAGGGAGUCAAGAAGGUCACCCUGGAGAACAUCAAGGGAACCCCAACGGGAGCCAUGAUUGAGAACCUGCUGAGUCUUGGCCUGCAAGGUGAAAGUUUAGAAAAUAAGUCUGUGAAUGUGGAGGUAAUCGAGGAACCGGUGGAUUCUCAGAGUGAUGAGGAGAGUGAAAUUGAAAUAGAGGAGACUGUGGAGAUUAAGUCUAAACAGCCAAGCAUCAGUCCCUCAUCAAUGUCCUUCCAAAUCGAGGAGCUAGAGAGUGACCCUAAGACCACAAAACCCUACGAGACUGAAUUUGCUAAAGCCUCGCGUUAUGGGAACAGUGGCUCUAUGCAGGUUCAGGAUGUUUCCAAAGAAGAAAGCCUACCCUACUUCUCACAUGGCCAUGACUCACAAGAAUACUUUGUCUCCACUCCUGACGAGAACCUGUCAGAGUCAGAGGAAAAAGAUAAUGAGUCGGAGGAUGGAGGAAGGUUUAAGUCAUAUAGCCAUUAUGGAGUUGUGGAUGAUCUGUCUGAUGAAAGAUAUUACCAGGAAGAUGAUCCAAAACGACCCACUGCUGAAGGUCACAGUUACAGAGACUCACCUGAUUAUGGUGACCGCUCGUUUCUGAGAGACAAUAUCCAAGACUGCAUAAUCGAAGAGGAGGUGCACGUUUCUCCCACUCUGCAACAGUCCAUAGUGGGGAUCCUGAGAGAGGAGUCAUUAGACCCCGAACAGCAGCUCAGAGGAGCAUUAGAGCAAAUCCAAGACACAGUUUCUGGAGCCCUCAAGGAAGAGCUGGCUUUUUUCACGAAGGGUAGAGAGACUCCAGAGAAUGUUUCGGUGGACAUCAAAAAAAUAGAACAAGUUGCAGACAAUGGAACCAUGACUAUUGUGGCGGAGCUCAAUGUAUCGCAGACGUUGGAGGAGUCUGGACUGCUGGAGGAAGAACAUGAUCCAUCUGAAGAGCAGAUUAUGGCGGCACUGAGCUCAUCUCAUCCAAUGCUUCAGCAGGCCAUCGGGGGAGCAGCCGGUGCAGGAUACACCAUGAAAAUUUCCAAAGAGGAGUUUGAAACGGACGAAGUGCCAUGGAUGACCACCGAUGAGGAGUUCCAACAGUGGAGCUUAACCGAUGAGUUUGGCAAGACGGAAAAGCACAUCAAGCUGGGCCCUAGUGAAAGAUCUUUUACUUUUCAGAUGGAUGUGAACAACGGCUCUUCUGCAUCAGCGAGUGAAGGAGCCGUCGAAGUGCAAAGCAGCAGCUCUUCUGAAUUCUCACAGACUCAGAUGAUUGAGCCACACCUAAAGGUCUGUCAUGAGAAAAGAGUCGCGACUGUUUAUCUUGAAAGCCCCAAAGAUGAGUAAUAGAUUAAUGACGUAAUAUUCAAUGAUAACAAAAUUAGACAGAAGAUAUCAGGUACAGUGGUCCCUCGCUAUAACACAGUUCACCUUUCGUGGCCUCGCAGUUUCGUGGAUUUUUGCAUUUUGACUUUUUUUUUUACUUUACAGCGCAACAUUUCUUCGUCCUGAUUGGCUGUAUACCACUGUCUAUCAAUCUCCUCGCAAUGAAAUUUGGACUUCUGGACAUAUUAAAGGAAGGUAGAAGUUACGCGGUUAUAAGGCGCCAUUACGGAAUGAAUGGAUUUUUAGUUCACUAGAUAAAGAAAAAUAAAUAACAUAAGGACGACAGAAGCAAUAAGUUUCAACAAAGACGCAAAAAGGGUUGUAACUGUCAGCAACAAGACCACCGUAAAGAUGAAGUCUGCUUUAGCUUUGUGGAUCAGUGACUGCAGUUGGUUUCAUUCUAUAAUAAAGGACUUAUUUUUCCACAAAGGUUUUAACUUUGAGAAUGUUUAAACGAGAGAAAAGUGUGAAAAUGUUAAUGCCUGUCUGAGAAAAGUGCAUAAAGUGUGUAGUGAGGGGUUUUACAGCCUUAAAACAUCUAUAAUAAUUGUAUAAAAUAAAGCGACUACUUUGCAAAUUUCGCCUAUAUUGCGAGUUACUUUUAGAACGUAACUCCUACGAUUAAGAAAGGACCACUGUACUUGAAAAUAGAAUUAAAAAACACACUAUUGUUCAAAGGUUUGGGGUUUCAGUAACAUUUUUUAAAAAGAAAAUAGUGUUAUUAAGCAAGGAAUAAAUAAAUUGAUAAAAAUGAAAGAGGUUAUAUUUACAAUAUUUCAAGUUAAAGGUGUUCAGUUGAACAUCUGAGUUCUCAACAUUAAUAAUAAGAAAUUUUUCAUAUUGCAAAAAGUGACAAUCUUAGCAACCCCCAAAUUUUGUGUUUGACUUAUCUAUAGUGUUAAAAAAGCUAAAGCGAAUCAUUUUAAUACUCUAUUUUGAUUCGUUCUUUAUAUAUAUUUUCAUCAUAAUUUACAUGGACAUUUUACUAUAAUGCAGCGUUAACUAAGCUCAGAAAAAAACCAAAUGCAGUAUUUUCUUUAUUUUUCAUUUCAUAUUCAUCAUCCUUCAAAGAAAUAUACACUGUGGACUAUAUAAACAGUUUGUUAAAGUACUGUUCUGUGUUUAUAAUUUCUAUAGUAUUAAGUAAAAAUGCUUUUUUAAAUGAAAUACAUGUUAAAUAAAGGUAAAAAAGAUGCAUAGAAGUAUGCAGAAAUUGUAACAUAGCGCUCCCUUGCCAUUUUUCAUAGAGUCACAGAUUUGUUUAGUCACACAUUUGGAUGUUGUGUGGUCUGUCUUUUGGUCAGAGUCAGUGUUUAGCUGUACCGAGGGCGAGAAGCACUAGAUUGUCCUUACUGUCUCCCAGAGAUCUCUUAAUCCUUAAAUGACAUUAGACCAGCGAGGACUAAUCUAGCAAUCCUGCUCUUCCAGGACGACACAUUUUUCAUUCUCUGGUACACUGUGCAGAGACAGUAAGAGAGAGGGGGAGUGUGAUCGCAGGAAUCUCACAUUAAAAAUAAGUGCUAGGCAGCUUACACACAAGUGUGUAAGUGCUUCCAGAAUAGCUAUACGGUGCUAUUAAGUCUGUGUCACAAUCUAUUAGCAGAACGAGGAUUCAGCAAGUCUAAUGAGAGUCUAUUCUUAGAAUUUAUACUCAGCCAUUGAAACCUCCUGGUAAAGUAGUGUAAUAGCUUCAUACGUGUUUCCUUCUAUUUUUCUACAUACUAAACUUAUUGUUAUCAGAUGCUAAAAUGAUGUCUGUUCUGUGCCUAUUAACAAUAGUGAUGGUGUAUGUAGAAUGAGGAAGCAUGUCAAAUUAUUAUAAAGUCAUUAUAUCAUUUAAUGUUUCAUUUUCAUGUCAGUUGAUUAUUAUUAACUAUUUUAGAAAUCUAAAAAAAGGGAACUAUUGACCUUAUUCUGCAAUGCGGAAGUAAGCUCUUCUCUGUGAUUGUUUUAGAACCUCCGAUUCAUUUUCCUAUGGGGAAAUGACUAGGAAUAAUAAACGGCAAUAAACAGUCAAACAACUUGCUCUAAAAGAAAAUAAGAAGAAAAUACAAAUUUGCAACAUCAGCCUGCAGCCUGACGAGCUGUUUUUUUAUGACUGAAAGUGAAUGAGACAAGAACUUUUGAACUGAUGAUGUUCAAACUAUUUCUUCCGCACUUACAUGAAAGAAAAAGGUCAAUUAGAAAUGUUAAAAAAGAGAGAUCUGAUAUAUGUUAACACAAUAAUCCCAGGGGUUUUUAAACAAGUUGGGAUACAUUUGAUUGUACUUUAUUAAAGUAUAAAACCUCCCAAAUAAUAA